AUGGCACACCUCGAUCCGUAUUUCAAGCAGGUAGAUGCCUUGCAGGGAAACUUUAUUGAGAGGCUGAGGGAGGCGGUCGCUAUUCCCAGUAUCAGCUCAGAAGACCAGAGGAGACCCGAUGUAGUCAAGAUGGGCCACUGGUUGGCCGACCAGAUCAAGGCACUCGGUGGUGAAGUUGAGCUCCGCGAGCUCGGAAAGCAGCCUGGUCGCGAGCACCUUGACCUUCCCCCGUGCCUUCUCGGACGCUACGGAAACGACCCAACGAAGCUCAACGUCCUCGUUUACGGUCACUACGACGUGCAGCCCGCGAACAAGUCUGACGGGUGGGCGACCGACCCCUUCACCCUGAGCAUCGAUGAUAAGGACCGCAUGUACGGACGCGGUAGCACAGAUGACAAGGGUCCGGUUCUUGGCUGGUUGAACGCCAUCGAGGCCCACCAGAAGGCUGGCGUCGAGCUACCAGUGAACUUGGUCAUGUGCUUCGAGGGCAUGGAAGAGAAUGGAUCAGAAGGUCUGGACGACACCAUCCGCGCCGAGGCCAAGAAGUUCUUCAAGGACGUCGACGUUGUCUGUAUCUCGGACAACUACUGGCUAGGAACUGAGAAGCCAUGCUUGACAUACGGUGUCCGCGGAUGCAACUACUACCAAGUUGAGGUUUCUGGCCCUGGUCAAGAUCUGCACUCCGGUGUCUACGGUGGAAUGACACACGAGCCCAUGACCGACUUGGUUCGCAUCAUGAACUCCUUCGUCGACCCUGAUGGCAAGAUCCUCAUCAAGGGCGUUGACGAUCUCGUCGCUCCCCUUACUGACGAGGAAGCCGCGCUUUACCCACCCAUCGCCUUCACCAUGGACGGUCUGAGGGAAUCACUAGGUGGUGCAGUAACGAUCCACGACAGCAAGGAGGAAGCGUUGAAGCACAAGAUGCGAUACCCCUCAUUAUCGCUCCACGGUAUUGAGGGUGCUUUCUACUCUGAGGGAGCAAAGACCGUUAUCCCAGCAAAGGUUAUUGGAAAGUUCUCCAUCCGCACAGUACCCAACAUGGAGAUCGACCCAGUUACCAAGCUGGUUGAGAAGCACGUCAACGACGAGUUCGCUAAGCUGAAGUCGAAGAACACAAUGAAGUUCAGCGUGGUACACUGCGGAAAGUGGUGGGUCGAGGACCCCAACCACCCCAACUACACGGCUGCUGCCAAGGCUGUCGAGCGUGUCUUUGGUGUGAAGCCAGACAUGACUCGGGAGGGUGGUAGCAUUCCUGUUACACUGACCUUCCAGGAAGAGCUUGGCAAGAACGUCCUGUUGCUGCCAAUGGGUAGCUCGACUGAUGCUGCUCACUCGAUCAACGAGAAGCUGGACAAGAGGAACUACAUCGAGGGCACCAAGCUGCUAGGAGCCUACUUGCACUACGUUGCAGGAGAGAUGAAGCGCGAAUAG